AUGGAAUGUUUCGUAAAUGAUGUUGAUUUGGGGAAUUUUAAAAACCUCAAUAAUCCUGACAAUGCGAUCAAGGUUGAUGAAACUAUUUCAUUUCACACCCUCGUUAAGAAAAAUCGCGAUCCAUUUUUAAACCAAAAUUUAAAAGAGACCAAGAGAAAAACUUCUAAGUUAUCUACAAUAAAUAAAGCGGAAGAAGAUACAUCAGGUUUCGAAACAAUUUAUUGCAACAAAGGACUUUUUGGAUUUAUAUUUUUCCUUCAAAACAAUCAGCUUUCAGCCCUUAGUUGUGCUUCUCAGAUCUCUCUUUCAUCUGAGAGGAUCAAAUCACAACCUAAUAAAAGUACUCUUUGUGAAUAA